AUGGAAGCCGUUCGUCAUAGUGUCUCUGGCCCUUAUGAGGCGGAGCUUGAACGCACCGUCCAGGAGCUUAAGAGAAUGAAAAGGCAGCUCGAAGAUGCUGUGCACCAGGCGAGGUUGUCUGCCGCCGCCUCUAGGGCGGGACUCUCGGCCAAAGACUCCUUGGCGACCAUGGCGAAGGCAUAUCAGGGCAUGACAGACGCACCGCCGCUCCUGCCGCCACCAGGGUCAGUCCUGCCAGCGCUGCUGGCUAUGCGACGUACGCAGCAGACCAUCGCAGAGACCAAUGAAUCAACUGAAUCAUAUGCGACCUUGAUGGAGCAGCUGGAGCGAAAGAUAGAGGCAGAACGGAGCGCUUUGCGUGAGCAGCAGACCUUGGAGGUUGCUCUGCAAAAUCGAAUCAAGUCGUUGAGUGAAGGCCUCGAGAACAGGCAAGAAAAGACAGAGGAACAGAUGGCCAAGGAACGCAUAGCCGAGUUAAGGCAGCAAAAAGACCACUGGGACAAGCAGACCGCGAGCCUGAUGAAGCACCUAGACUGGUUCAUCAGCGAGCAUCUCGGCCCUAUGUUGGCGGCGGAGGAGUUGGGCGGCCCGGUGGUUGGGGAACUGAUGGACAUCGACACAGACGACCUGGGCGCCGGGUUCAGUGCACAUGGGAAAUUGAAGAAGACAAAAGAUCAGCCAGACCUGGACAAACGUCAGAGACGGAUCGAUGAUAUCUGGGGCCCUCAGGACCAGCAGGCCCAAAUAAAUAAGAGGAAGCGUGACAGGGACGAAGCAUCAGCCGCAAGCGCUGAGAUGCGCGACCUCACGGAGCAGCUCAUGAACAAGCUGACAGAAGCCGCGGGGGACAACACGGCGGCAUACGUGGAGAUUGCCAGAGAAUCCGCGGCAGCAAGGUUCCUUGUCCGGUCCAAGGUCGCCGUGUUCCAUCCCAAAGAUGCGCGCAGGUUGCGGCUCGUUGACUUUGGGCGGGAAUUGGACGACUAG